GAAGCUAAGCCAGCGCCGUCCGUCGAUGACAAGUCUCUACUCGCCCCUGAGUUUCAUCCAGAAGCCCAUUGCGGCGGCGGGCGAGCUCGAGCCCGAGGUGGCCACCCGAUCGCCCACGUACGCGUCGCCCGUGAGCUCGGAGCUCGAAGGUUCGACCAGCGAGAGCGACAGCGAGGUCCUGCUCAGUCUCUUCGGGCCGGAGCCCCCAGUCGGUAUCAGCAGCAGCAGGUCGUCGUCCAGCAAAUCCCCGACCACCACGGACCUGUCCGACCGAGGCGGUCGACCGUUCCCGUACACGCGCUCCAAGACGCGGUGGCGCAAGCGGCCGAAUGACGAGCUCAAGUACCUGCGUAUGCAGGUGGUGGAGCUCGAGGGGCUCUUAGCGGCGCUGAGCCACUCAAACACGCGCUCCAAGCUGCUGAAAUACAGGGACGAAGACCAGGGAGACAACAACCAGGCCGAGGCCCUGCAGAGACUGCGCGAGGAGAGUCACACGCGCAAGAUGAACGCGGCGAUGAUGGAGAACCGCAAGCUCCGCGCCAUGGUGGCGAGUCAGCUCCAGGUGGCGAACGCGCUACAGAAUGCCAUUGACGAGCACAAGAGGCUCAGGACGCAAAAGAUGUCGUGGCCCAGUCAAGGAGACGUGUCGGACAAUGUCAUCUUCGCCCUCUUGGACGAGGAGAAGGAGCACCAGUACGCGGACGUUGAUAGAAUUCUGGAAGAGUGCGGUAUCUCCCAGAUCUGCUACCCGCUGUACUCGAGGCUGCUGCUCCACCGAGACGGGGACAAAGUGUCUUACCAGCAUAACGAGGUGCGCAUGCUGCCGUUCCCCGUUGGGGACGUGGCUCGCUCCCUGCGCAACUGCUUGAACCACGGCGUUAGAGUGGGGCCGAUGAAGCACUGUCGACAUUUUGAGUCAUUUGGCAAGUACUUCCACGCCGUCACGAUGGACAACCUCAAGAUGCCCGAUAAUGAACCGGCUGAGGUCAAGUCGAGGGUGCUUCAGCUCUGCAUCCCCCAGAGCGAACGCACCGUAGUCGUGUGGUCGGGGUACGCCGAGUACAGCGGCUCGAAAUUCAUCCGCUUGCUGGAGAAGACGUACAUUUCGCUCGAGCCCAUUCCCAUGGAGAAGCUCGGGAUGUUCACACUGGGAGGAAAGUCCCCCGGCACCUUGAUGCGUCUCGCUGUUCGCUUGACGCCGGUGGAGACCGAGUAUGACAUGCAAAAGCCGGAGGAUAUUGAAGAGAUGGCGGACGUUGUCGUCCGCACAUAUCAACGCAAGGGCCAACGUACGUUCCAAGCCAUGUUGGAGCAGCUAAAGGAAAAAAUGUGA